AUGGUGAACACGUCCGCCGCGCCGAACAGCACGUACUGCGGCACCAUCCACCACAGGCUCAUCGGGACCGGCACCCUGGGCAGGUCCGCCAGGCCGGCGUCCGCCGCGAUCCGGAGCCGGCGCGUCUCCACCAGCGCCGCCACCACCAUGGACACGAGCGAGAGCACCAUCCCGACGCCGAUGCGCUGCAGCAUGGUGAUCCCCGAGGAGACGCCCGUGCAGCGGCGCGCCAGCGGCACGAUGGCGCGGUCGUAG